AUGUCUUCUUCGAAGCGGAAGCGCGACGCCGGAACCGCCGUGGAAGAGAAUCUGGAUGGUGGAGAAAGUGGCGACGGUAGUGAUAAGAGCAAUACCAAGAGCAAGUUCUUCGAUAUAUAUGGACCGGAAGUAAUCGCUUCCUCUGAAGCUUUUUAUGAUUUGAUUGAUUGGUUUAUAUCGAAACUUAUGCGCUUUGCUGCUCAAAUCGUGAAUCUGAUUUUUGAUUCUUCUUCUCCGCAGGCGAAAGCUGAACUCGUUUUCAACAGCCCGGAAACAACAUUGAACUUACAAGAUGUUCAGGGACUUGUGACCUGGGUUCUUGCAGAAGGCUAUAUGCCCUCGUGGGUAUUUAUCAAGAAUAAGCCUCUCAUUCCGAAAGUUGUCUUGCUCUACCUUCCUGGAUUGGAUGCAGCUUUAUACCUGUCACAGUCUAAAGCACUUGCUAGCUUGAAAUCAUGUUGUGGCAAUCCUAUAGCGCUUUUAGCUUUGAGCUGUGUAGUUGAUGAGAUGAAGACAAUCGAUACGAUCCUUACUUGCCCGGGUAAAAAAAAGAAAACUGCUACUAGUUCAGUAAAACCACCUCCUCUCCUAGAAUCUACUGGGCCAGAAGCAUGCAAUCUGAUGGGGAAAUCGUUCACUGAGCUCACUAAAGAUAUACCAUUCCCUGUUACAUACUAUACAUUAAGUCGAAAGGAAAUGGAACAAAAUGGAUACACUUUUGAGACUGAUUUUAUCUCUACACUUCCUGCACCAUCAGGAUCAUGCCCACCUGAAAUUUUGGCUCUUGAUUGCGAGAUGUGUAUUACAAAAGAUGGUUUGGAGUUGACAAGAGUGACGCUGGUAGAUAUCGAAGGACAGGUUCUAUUAGAUAAAUUAGUCAUGCCAACAAAUCAUAUUACUGAUUACAAUACAAGGUAUAGCGGAAUAACAGCUCAGAUGAUGGAGGGAGUGACAACAACUAUUAAAGAUAUUCAGGAAGAGUUCUUAAAGCUGGUUUUCAAAGAGACAGUAUUAGUCGGGCACUCGUUGGAAAAUGACUUGUUAUCUCUGAAGAUCUCUCACAAUCUGGUGAUUGACACUGCAGUACUGUACAAACACCCGCGGGGUGGAUCUCAUAAAACUAAACUUCGAAUUCUAGCAAAAAAGUUUCUUGCUAGAGAGAUACAGAUGUCUGAGUCCGGACAUGACAGCGCCGAGGAUGCAAAAGCAGCCAUGGAUUUGGCACUAUUGAAGAUAAAACACGGCAAGAGAUUCCUACUUGAUUUUCUUUUUCUCUGGCUUCCUCUAGGACCUGACUUUGGCUCACCACCGGAUCUGGUAAGGAAGAAGCUCCUCGCCGUUUUGAAUGAGAGCGGUAAAACAACUUCUAUCAUCGACGAUAUCAACAUCGUGAAGCGAUAUGCUUCUGAGUCAUCAAAUUCAAUUCCAGUAUCUUCGGACAGCGAAGCCCUUUCAAAGGCCAUGAAGGAGGUAAAGAACAAGCGGUCGCAAUUCGUUUGGACACAGUUCUCAGAAUUGAAUACUCAUUUCCAGAGCAGAGCGGAUGAUCCACAAAAGCUAAAUUCCAGACUUGCAGAGAUGAUCUCACUGCUUACAUGCAGCAAUGACUCAGGGCUCAAGAAACGCCGCAAAGGCAAAGUUUCAACCGAAACGAAGGAGAUCUUGAAGAAAAUGGAUAAGAGAGUCAAUGAUCUUUACGCUGCAUUACCCACAAAUGCAAUGUUUAUCGUUUGCACCGGACACGGAGACACAUCCAUUGUACACAGAGUGCGGAAAAUGCUUAGAGAUGAGAAUGAAAUUGAGUUUGGCCGUGAGAAAGUUGUGAAGGUUCUUGAAGAACUUCAAGCACAAGCAGAAGUAGCUCUCUGUUUUGUAGGAAUCAAGCAAUAA